AUGCCAUUCUUUCUCUUACGCCGCGUCCCCGCCGAUCCAUCCGACAGAGAACCCUACUUCAUGGAGGUCAAGCCUCUGUCCCCUGCGAACUUGGGAUUGAGCUCAUAUUACAGCUGCGUUCUCACGGAUCCUCGUGAUGGACGAUCCAGAGAAUCAGGUAGCACGGGCUCAAAAGGCGCUUCGCGUAAACGCAAAGUCAUUGAGCAAUCGCCAACGACGCCUGUCGCGGAGUCCAGAUCCCAGAGAGCCAAAUCCUGCACUGUCAAAGAUGACAAGAUUGAUCCAAUAUCAAGCUUGUCCAUAUCUUUUGUCAUCAGCGCGAUUGAAGUCUACAGGAAGAAAUUCCCCAUUGCAAACUUCCUCCACUAUCCCUCGCUCAUUGCCGAUGUGUCGGCCAACUUUGAUUCGAUCGACCCCGUCUUCAUUGCCUCGCUGCUUUCACUUUGCGUUCGAUUUCUCGCCAGUGAGGACGUAGAUGAUGAAGAGACUUAUGCGAACUAUGCUCGGACACAUCUGGCGCGGCGAGUCAUGGAAGCUCCCUCUCUCUAUCUCGCUCAAUCAUUGGUCAUGAUCUCCUUCUACGAAUGGGGCACCGGCAGACCGUAUCAGGCCUGGAUGUACAGCGGUAUGGCCACGUACAUGAUACAAUCACUGCUCAAAAUGGCAGACGACAGCAUGGAACACAGUCCGCACGAAUUUCAUGCUUCGCAAACUCAGUAUGAGCAGCUCGUCCGCACCUAUUGGUGUAACUUCGCGCAGGAUUGCGAAUUGAGCUCGGGAGCGAGACAACACUUUGCGCUGUCCUUUUCCCAGAUCUCGGUGCCACUGCCCAUUAGUGAUCGGGAUUUCACGUUCAAUCAAUUGCCGGAACGGCGCCUGAUGCCUGUCGACAUGAACAAAAAAUGUCCUUUGGCAAAUAACCUGACAAUCGAAAACGGGCUGACGAUCGUGAUUAGAGGAUUCGACAUCUUUGUCCGGAUUCUGCGCUUCGCCAACGAGCAUCGGCGUUCCCUGGCAUCCUUUACUUCCGAUGAGUCGCCCGAUUCGCCUCUUCGACAAGAUUGGCACGGGCUCAAGGCUGAGCUGGAUGAAUGGCGCUCACUACAGGACAGAACGGUCAAGUAUCCCGAAACAAGUGCACAUGCCCAUGUCUCUUUGGGCUAUGGAGAACUGUUUGCGUACAUUAAUCUGCUCUAUUUUAUGAGCAUCGUCUUUCUCCACCGGGAUCGCUUCUUAUCGAAUCUGAAGCCCCAUUCUGCAGUGUUCCAGGACAUGGUCGGCGAUGACCAGUAUCAGCCCGAAACCAUCGAACAGCUGUUCGAAGCGGCCCAGCAUAUCGGCGGCAUUCUCUCGGAGCUAGAAGCUUGCGAAGCGUCCGUGAUGACGCCUUAUUCCGGGUUCAGCAUCUUUGUGACAGCCCAUAUCAACAUGUACGGGACUCUCAUUCCGCAGCACUAUCCGGGAGGUCUCGAUCGCGCGGCAGCUGAAAAGAAUCACAACAUGAUGUAUCUUGAGCGACUGAGCAAAAUGUGGCCGGUUGGCCGAAGCUGGAAACGGACUGUUCAAGAUGCGAAUCGAUUCUAUGAAACUGUGCGAAGCACACAGACUCAUCCAGAAGCCGGAAUGCACAGCCCAAGGCGGUUUGCGCUGGCAGGUACCUUGGACGAAUAUGGGGAUAUCCGUUCCCGGCCGAGCCGUGAACAUUAUGCGACACGAUCAAUGAGUGCCAUUGCGAGGCAAUCACCAAAUACACAUCACACAUCAAGGGAUUCCGUGCCAACUCCGAGUCACCAUAGCGAUUCCUUCUUCCCAAAGGAUCCGUUAAAUGCGGGGAGUCAUCCCGACCUGGAAACGGACAUCUUCCAGUGGCCCUUCAUCGAUGCCUCCUGGUCCGUUGGAUUUGAUGCUGGAUUGGAUGGACUGUGGCACCAUUCGGGUCUGUUUGAUCAAAAUACUGCCAUGAGGUAA